UCUCGUGUUGUUGUCUGAUGCAGCAAGCUAGCCAGCUUCAAUUGUUGCGGCAGGCAAAACGGGGGGUUAGCUGGGAAAGGGUGCGCUAUUGUGGUAUUAUUUUAGCUUUACUGUACUUACAGCCAUAAAAAAUGAGAAGAGUCACGUUAUUUGUUAACGGGACGUGUAAAAAUGGCAAGGUUGUAGCAGUGUACGGAACCUUGUCUGACUUACUAUCUGUAGCAAGCAAUAAGCUCGGAAUCAAAGCCUCCUGUUUGUACAAUGGAAAGGGUGGUCUCAUUGACGAUAUUGCCCUCAUAAGAGAUGACGAUGUGCUGUAUGUGUCAGAAGGAGAUCCUUUUAUUGACCCUCAAAAUGAAUCCAAGGUCACAUCUGAUCCACUGGUAGCACACACUGACUGGCUGACCCUUAAUAUUGGUGGGCGUCUUUUCACCACCACCAGGAGCACCUUGGUCAGCAAGGAGCCGGAGAGUAUGCUCGCACACAUGUUUCGAGAGAAGGACGUGUGGGGAAACAAACAGGACGAGCACGGGGCUUACCUUAUUGACCGCAGCCCUGAAUACUUUGAGCCUAUUCUCAACUAUUUGAGACAUGGUCAACUCAUAAUCAAUGAAGGCAUAAAUAUACGAGGUGUCCUUGAGGAGGCUCGUUUCUUUGGAAUUGAGCAGCUCGCUGAACAGCUGGAGGUAGCAAUCAAGAACUCGCAGCCACCCGAGGAUCACUCUCCCAUUUCCCGCAAAGAGUUUGUCCGUUUUCUUUUGGCAACACCAACCAAGUCGGAGCUCCGCUGUCAGGGACUUAAUUUCAGUGGUGCUGAUUUGUCCCGGCUUGAUCUGCGCUACAUCAAUUUCAAGAUGGCUAAUCUCAGCCGCUGCAAUCUGACACAUGCCAACUUGUGCUGCUCCAAUCUGGAGCGGGCUGAUCUUUCUGGAGCCAACCUGGAUGGUGCGAACUUACAAGGGGUGAAGAUGCUGUGUUCCAAUGCAGAGGGAGCGUCUCUGAAAGGAUGCAAUUUUGAAGAUCCAUCUGGACUGAAGGCCAAUCUUGAAGGUGCUAACCUGAAAGGAGUUGACAUGGAAGGAAGCCAAAUGACCGGCAUCAACCUGCGUGUGGCCACUCUCAAAAAUGCAAAGCUGAAGAACUGUAACCUGCGGGGAGCCACUUUAGCAGGGACAGAUCUCGAGAACUGUGAUCUGUCUGGCUGUGAUCUACAAGAAGCCAACCUGAGAGGGUCCAAUGUAAAAGGAGCCAUUUUUGAAGAGAUGCUGACCCCUCUGCACAUGUCACAGAGUGUCAGAUAACUCAAUACACACCUACAAAUCCAGUGUGGGCCACAGCUUUCCCCAAGUUGUUCCUUUCAAUCUCUCUUUACCUAUCAGUGCACUACAGGUAUAGGUAUGCACACCCCUGCAUUCCACCAAUCUUAUGUUAGCUUUAAAUAUAUUGCACUAGAAUUUAUCCAGGGUUGUCUAUGUAUGUUUGUAUGGUAGGAUGUUUUAAGUGUUCAGCUACAUAUAUCACCAAAAAAAGUAAAGUUCCUAGUGUGCGUAGAUGUGUCUGGAUGUAAUCCAGUGACUAUACUCAUUUUGUUUCCAUACUUGACAUGUUAAUAGGAGUCAAAAUCAGCUUACCUUUGAGCAGUAAAGCGCAGAGCACUGAGCUUCACUGCAUGCUGCUGUAGCAGAAAUAGAAGGGGUUACUUAUCAAUAACUGUCAAUAUAUAUACAUAUUCCUCUUUAAGUAUGUAACUUAAUAUUGCUGGAUAUAGAGCAUAAAGGAAACAGUGCAAGCCAAAGCCAUACACUAGCACAGUCUAACAGGCUGAAAGUGCUGUUAGAGCAACGUCAAACUAUGCUACAGGCUCGUUUUAAACACAGCUUGGGUAUGCAAUACAUGACAUAUAGCUGUGAGGUUUCUCCUUUUUUUUUUUUUUUUUUUUUUUUUUCCUCCCCAAAAGCUUUCCCUAGUUUUGUGCUCUGUGAAUCUACCUCUUAUUAACCUGAGGUGUGACUGCAUGCAUUCGAGUGUGGCACGGCUUAUUGUAAUGUUUAUGUGCAUCAUCCAUUAUUUAUCUGAUUUCCACGACAGGAGGAGAAUCUAUUUUCACAUUGUCAAAGUGAGGUUUGCCUGGAAAUGUGCUCCAUGUAUUUAUGUAUGUCACUUAAUCAUGCUUUAAACUUGUUUGCACAUGUAUAUGUUAACGUGUAAUGUGGUAUAUCCUUUCACCAAAAAGGUUUGGUGCUUCUCUUAUGUAAUCUUGUGUAAAUCCAGUGCUUCCAAAACUUCCCAAAAAGUCGUCCUUGGAGUACACAGGUGUUGUCAGCUGUUUCUAAAUGGUGUCCGUUUGCAUGUGAGAAAAGCUGUACUUGUCUUUGACCAGUUUUCAAGUUUCUCUGGCUGUAGCUCAAAAGCUGCUCCAAUGCAAUAUUAUUCACUCAAUGAAGUGGAAGGUACCCAGCCUGUGAGAAUGAAUGAUGAAGGCAAUCAUAAUGUGUAUUUCACCGUGAGUGUGAAAACCAACGGAAGAGCUAUGGUUAUUUAUUUUAAUACAUCUCAUUGAAUGCUAUAUGGGGACAGGGGUUGAUUUGUUUGAAGCAGGGAGUCGUAUAGUUAUCCCUGUCUAUGAUUAUUGCACUCGACCAUGGAAAUAUGUUUCCAUAAAUGACUGUUAUAAAUAAACUGCUAUGAAGAAA